AUGCCGAGGUCGGUGUCGACACACUCCGCGCAGUCGAUAUCCUCGCUUGCCUUCCGCGGUGUCUCCUAUACGGUUCAACGCAAGAAACUCCUGCAGCCGAAGUCGCAGCGCGUAACGAAGCAGCUUCUGUGCGACGUCUCCGCGUUCGCGAAGGCUGGCGAAGUUACUGCGAUAAUGGGAGCGAGCGGCUCGGGGAAAACCACGCUCCUCGACGUUCUCUCGGACCGCAUCUCUUCGCGCAACCUCACUGGGGAGAUCUCCUUGAACGGCGCUCCGGUGAAAGGCGACACGAUCCGACGGCUGUCCGCAUACGUGAUGCAAGACGACCUGAUGUUUCCCGCGCUGACGGUGCGCGAGACGCUCAUGUACGCCGCGGAGUUGCGGCUUCCGCCGACCGUUAGCCGCGCGGAGAAGGCGGAGAAGGUUCGCCGCCUCAUCCGCCUCCUGGGCCUCACCAAGGUGGAAAACUCCAAAGUCGGCGACGAAAACCACCGCGGCAUUUCCGGCGGCGAGAGGAAGCGCGUCGCGAUUGGCGUGGAAAUGAUCGGUGAUCCGAAGAUUUUGUUUCUGGAUGAGCCCACGUCGGGGCUGGACUCUACUAGCGCGUUCCGAGUCGUGAAGGUGAUUAAGAGAAUCGCGGUGCGGACGUGGAGUAUCGUGGUGAUGGUUUUGCACCAGCCGAGCUUCCGUCUUCUGGGUCUUUUGGAUCGGCUGCUGCUGCUCGGCGCGGGACGGAUGUUGUUUUUUGGGCCGCCCGCGCAGCUGCCCGAGUUCCUCUCUGCGUUCGGCUGCCCGCCGCCGCCGUUCGCAAACCCGACGGAAUUCGCUUUGGAUGUGAUCCAACGGCUGGGGCACGAGGCGGAGGGAGGCGCGAAGCGCGGCGAAGAAGUGGAAGGCGAGGAUGAUGACGGGGAGGAAUAUGACUUAGAUGGUACAGAGAUUAUAAACGGUGUUGGUGGUGUUGGCGAGUCGUCCCGCGGCAGUAGCGAGGGCGGCGAGAGUUUCUCCAUCCCGCCGAGUAGCCCCUCCUCUUGCUUCAGCCCGGAUCAGGCUGCAAUGGCGGCCGCGACUGCCGCGGCUGUAGCGGCGAGAACAGCGGCCGCGGCGGCGGCUGCAGCGGCCGCGGCGAACGGGAAUGAAACGGUCACUAUCCCUACAGGCGCCUCAUCAGGUGUUACUUCAGGUGCUUCGCCGGAUGCUCGAGUGGCGGAAGCGAACAGCGGCAGCGGCGGAGGUGCCAGCGCGCUGAUGGGGUUCCAGGGGGAGCGCCAAAGCGCGGGUGCGGCGCAGCUACAGCAUUUCGGAGAGCGCAAUUGCGCGGGCGCGGGCGCGGGCGCGCAGGCGCCGGAGCUCCGCGGCGAGCGCAAGUACGCGAACGGGUGGUGGCGGGAGCUGCGCGUGCUGAUGAGCCGGUCCGUGCGCGUCAUCGCGCGCACCCCCGCGCUGUACCUGCUGCGCCUGCUGCUGAUCAUGGUCACAGGGCUGCUCAUCGCGUCGCUCUUCUGGCGCCCGCCCUUCAACGCGGAAGGGCUGCACGAGCGGCUUGCGUUCAUCUCGUUCCUCGUGUGCACGCUAUUUUUCUCGUCCGCUGAUGCUACGCCACUCUUCAUCCAGGAGCGCAACAUCUUCAUCCGGGAGACGUCGCAGCACGCGUACCGGCCAUCCACAUACAUGGUGGCAUCGACGCUCGUGUACCUGCCUCUGCACGUGCUCAUGGCGAUCGCUAUCACUGCCGAGUCCUGGUGGUGUGUCAACCUGUCUGGCGGGGGAACCUCGUUUGGCUUCGUGGUGCUUGUCUGCUUCUGCUGCCUCUUCACAGGGAAUGCCUAUGCCACGUUCGUCAGUGCUGCUGUGAACAAUGUCGUCCUCGCCUACGCCAUAGUCAUCUCCACAAUGGCCAACUUCGCCCUCGUCUGUGGCUUCUACAUCCAGCGGCAGAGCAUCCCACCGUUCUGGAUCUGGCUGCACUACCUCUCACCAGUCAAGUACGCCUACGAGGCAGUCACGCUCAACGAGUUCUCCGCAGCCGGCCCCUCCACCUGCUACCAGCCCGCGGGGGAUCUCUUCGCCGCCACGCCUCUCUCCGUGCUCCUCUCGCCUGCUCAGGUGAAUCAGUCUCUGGCCAUGCUUCGUCCCGCGCUGGCCCGGUCGCCGUAUGUGCAUCUGUCGGUGGGGACGUGCUUACAGACAGGGCCGCAGCUGCUGGUGUAUUCGCUGGGGCUGACGCAGAUGAGCAAGUGGGAGUGUGUGGCGGUGCUGGUGGGGAUGGGGUGUGUGCUGCGGCUGCUGCACUGGUUGCUUCUGGUGAGGCUGUCUCGCACCAAGAGAGGAUGA